AUGACGGAGACAGCUGAUGCGAUGGACUCCAGCUUCCGGCCUCUGCGGCUGAUCGAGGAGGUGCGGAAGCGGCCGGGGCUGUACGAGCCAGGCCACUCGAAAGACCGGCUGGAGCGGCUCCAGCUGUGGAAGGAGGUCGGCGCGGCGCUGUUCCCCAACUGGGGGACCUUCAACAAAGCUACCGUGUACCAUACAGUCCUGCAGAUACAGAGGAAAUGGCGUUCGCUGCGCGACGCGUACAACCGGGAGCUGAGGGCGCGCCGAUCAGGGGUCAGGGUCCACCGCCGGGUCUACGUCUACUUCAAGAGGAUGAGCUUCUUGGGCGGCUUCGAGGGCGCGCUGAGCGAAGACGAGGACAAUUCCACGGCGGAGCUGGAUCCGCUGGUCAACGGGCACGUGAAGCCAGCCAAGCCUUUAAAGCCCAGGCCGAGGAGGAAGAGGCGCGCGAAGGCAUCCAGCUCGGACGAGAGCCCGUGCCCCGAGGAGGUGGAGAUGCCAGUCUUCAACAACGUCGAGGUUAAUAGCGAAAUAGGCUCGGACACCGACAAGCUGUUCCUGCUCUCCUUCCUGCCGGAGAUGAGGCAGCUGCCGCCCAACGUCAAGAUGUGGACGCGGGCUCAGAUCGCGAACGUGAUGCAGGAGGCGGUCGCGUGCCAUUACAGUAACACGCAACCGGCGGCGCUCAGCGACAGGAGCGCGGAAAUUAAGCGACAGAUAAAAGACAGCAGCGAC